AUGAUGACAGCGCAGCAGCACAAGAAUAUCGACCAGACAGGUGCGUUCCGAUGCAAAAUCACGAAUUUUACGAGAAAAAUUGAGAUAUUUCGUUUUUUGCCUGUAAAACUGCAAAAUUCGCUUUAGAUUUUACUGAAAACUGAUUUUCUGCAAAAAUUAGACGAAAAACGCACGUUUUGAUCUGAAAAUCUCAUAAAAAUGAGUAAACUUGGCGGAAAUUCAUUUUUCCACGUUUUGAUGUAUUUCUGUUCGAUUUGCGAUCAAAAGUGUGUCAAUUUUCUCUUUUUUCCGCUGAGAAAAACGAGAAACAACUUUCAGGGGAGGAAAUUCGCGCGCGGACGAACCGAUCGCCGUCGAUGGACUCCGUGAGCCGCCUAAAUCAGCAAAAUGGGGGUUUUGCGCAGCGGCGAGGCAGUUUCACGAAAGACACCUCCUACUAUCAGCAGCCGGGGCAAGUCGGCGGAUUCAGAAGAAGUUUGUGGCCACAAAACCUUGAAAAAAGAUCGAAAAUUGCAGACGGAUACAAUCACCGCGGAAGAAAUUAUCAGAGAAAUUCGCACUAUCACCAGAAUCAGCAACAACUGUCGGAGUACGGCGCACCUGGCGGAUUCCCGCCGAAAAACGCUCAAAAUCGGAGUUUUCAGAGGUUUUCCCGGCUAUCUGUCUGGAAUUUUCGCGUAUUUUCCAAUUUCAGCUACUCCAAAUAUCAAUAUGUCCAUCCGAAUGCGCAGAGACCGAUUUUCAACUCGGCCAACGGUAGGAUAUUGAUUUACAGAUUUUGCAGCAAUUUUUAGAGCGGAAAAUGAAUAUGAAACAUUUGAAAAACCUUCAAUUUCUAUCAGAAAAAUCAGUAUUCUUCCAGAAUUCGGCUCUUUCUCAGUCCGCCGCCAAUCGGCCUCCUCUCCGACGUCGUCGCCCGCAAAAAGCACCGCCUCCUCGGUUGUACCGCCCAUUUUGGUGCGAAGAACGGACAAUAUCCACGAGAAAAUGGUCUACGAGGCGGGAAACGGAGGAAAUGAGCACGAGAGCAGCAAGAUUCACAUGUAUCGGGCCGCCGGAACCGCGCCAACCGGGUACACUGAUUUCUAAGCAUUUUCAGUCUUUUUAAUUGAAUUUCUUCAGUUCCUCGCCGUUCAAACCGCAUCAGACGAGUUCUCAGACGCCGUUGACGCCGUCUGCGGACAAACGAACCGACGACGAGUGGGCGGCGCGCUUCUCGCAUCCACCGCCGGGUCUCGCACCGAAUUUCCGAAGAGGUUGUCCGAUUUUCGUGGAAAAAUUCGAGAAAAAUGAGUUUUCAGGCCAAGGAGGACCGGAAAUUGAGCAGCAGCCGAGCGAAUUUCUGGACAAUAGACUUCCGCCGAUGACGCCGUCGCCGACCGAAAAAAUGGCACAUUUUAGAGGUGCUCGAGGAAAACUGGAAUUUAUCUAAUUUUAUGUGCAUUUUCUCAUUCUUCUCGUUAUUUUACGUGUUUUCAGACAUUUUUGCGCCAAAAUACGCAAAAUCCCUCCAUUUUUGUGAAUUUUGUUGCAAUUUUUGUGCCCCCAGUAGCAUUGCCAAACAUUUAAUUUCAGCGACGAUGAAAGAUGCGCCGGUUUCGGCUCGUUCGGUCGACUGUGUCGACGCGAAACAUCUCUGUUGGGACGAGCGUAUGGCCAGUGCGUUGAAUGGGUAGGUCUUUUCAUUAAUUCCAAAAAAAAAACAGGUAAGUCACCGUGCGCAUUCUCAAUGUGUGUGAGAUAUUUAUACCAUCGGAUAGAGAGUAGAAGUUACGCAUGAGUCCAGUAAAUCUUUUUCCCAAAAAAUCACUUUCAGGGCCACAUUUUUACUUCAUUUGAAAGGUUGUUCUAAAUUUGUUGUGAAGCGCUCCCUCGCACCAUUUAUGGGGCGCCUCGUUGCCAACCCUACAUGUGGGCAGUUGAGGAUUGCUUCGAGCAGGAACUCAUAGUCCUCGCUGUUCCGUUCCCUGCUCAUUCCUGCUCGCAGCAAUCUCGAAGUGCCCACAUGUAGGGUUGACAACGAGGCGCCCCAUAAAUGGUGCGAGCGGGUGCUUCACAACAACCCUUUUAGUUUGUUAAUCUCUCUGUUAUAACCUAUAACGUGCCAUCCAUCAGAAAAGGGGUCCUAAGACAAGCUCUACACCUUCGAAAACUCUUUAAUUGACCGCAUUUAAAAAAAAACGGUUUCUGAGAUGCGGGUCACAAAAGUUUUAGUGUGAACAGCGAAAAAAGCAAAGCGAAAUACGUUGAGGCCUCAAAGCCUGUGUACUGGACUCAUGUGUAACUUUUUACGCUCUAUCCGAUGGUAUUAAUAUCUCACAUACUAAUUUCUCAGUGACAGGCCGCCUUUAAUUUCACAAAGCCCUUGAUCAGUUGUGAGAGAAGGCGAAAAGUGUGUAUAAUAGUAGUUUAUGUACACAUUUUUCGUUUUUCGCCUCCCACCGAACGAAUCAGCUAACUGUGUCCUCUGCCCCUCGUUACUGUACAUUCCAAGAAGAAGGAGGAGAAGAAGAAGAAGAAGAUCUUCUUAUUCUCCGCACACAACCAGUUCAUCUCGUCGUCGCCCUCCUCGUUUCGCCUAAACAACAGCCAUUGCCAUCAGCAACAGGCAGCGCUGAGAGGAGAUUGGAGAUAUUCGGCUGCCAAUCGACACCCCUCUCCCAUUUGGCCGCCUUUUUAUCUGCAAAAUGCGCUGAAAAUUUGAUUCGUGUUCACACCAUUUCUAACGAAAAUUGAUCGAAGAUCAGCUGAAAUGCUCGAGACAUCGCCGAAUCUCACUCGUUUUUAUUGUUCCAGUAGCUAUCUUCAUAGGAACUUUGGCCCGUUUUUGAGGUAUCUGGCAUUUUAGUCAAAUUCCAUCAGCGAACAGGUGGAACGAGGAGAGGGGAAACGAUAAUAAUAUAAUAAUAAUAAUAAUGACGAUGAGAGAGGGAAAGUGAAGAGACGGAUGUUCACUUUACACCCCUCCUUCGCCUCGAUCUUUUCUUGUCUCUGCGAAAAGUGAAAAGUAGCCUCAGUAUCGUUCUCACGUUAUUCCAUGUACAUUUAUACUGUAAACCCCUUUUUUGACCUUUUUGAUGUGUGUACACACUUCAAACUAGGGUUUCUUUGAAUUUGUAGCAUUUAUGAUUCGUCUGGGCUGAAAGUUUGUUCCUCGUUGCCGAAAAUGCCUUCACCGAGACAAAAUGUGUGAUUUGUCAAUUUCCGUUCGAAAUUCGUUCCCAAUCAAUCUCUCUUUGCAUUUUUUGAUUGAAGAGCGGCAGCUGCUCAAGCGAAUUUUUGUGUGUGUGUGUGCGUGUGACGAUUGCGGACCGAACGGCGGUUUUUAGCGCCCCGAUUUGUGUGGAUACAAUAGAGGACAUUGCGAAAAAAAAGAGGAUGAGCGACUAUAGUCGGAAACGAAAAGGACACCUCAUUUUGGACUAAAAAUGGGCAUUUCAUUUUGUUUCGCCCGGAUUUUGGAUUUCGAAACUCGGAACUGAUAGAAAUGUGAAAAAGAGAAUCAGAAUGGCGCAAUAGCUGAUGAGAAAAUUGCUGGCGUCGUCAGAAUCGGCUGAAUAGCUCUACCUGAUUCUUUUUGUAGAACAACAAUAAUAGAAAGCGUUCAAUUAUUACUGUUCUACAUAAAACGUUAAACAUCUAUACAAAAUCAGAUGCGCCGACGAUUUUCUCAUUAGCCAUUGUACCAUCCUGACUUUUUUGAGUGCAUACUCCUAGGAUUAGGAUUACUGUAGCUGUGGAGGGAAAUUCCAGCAAAAAUCGUAGAAAAGCUUCUCCUCAUUUCUCUCUCCGGGAAAAGGCGGGGACAAAAGUUCUUGUGACGUAAGUGAGCGGAAAGUGUGUGUAUAUUUCUCGCCGGCGUCCCCGACUGAGACUGCCUGCCCUAUAGCCCCUCUUGUUUCGUUUCGUACGUGCAGUUUCUUCGGCUUCUUUCCGCUUCCCGCCGCCCUAUCUCUCAACUUUGUGUUAUCCUUUUCGACCUAGAGAACGCACACAUGGUUGUGAAGUUUGUUUGUGUUUUUUUUCCUCACUUUUUUCCCUCAAUUUCACUCGAUUUUUGGUUAGAGUUUGAGGGUAAACGCUCUGAAAAAGUGUUCUAACUGGAAGUUUGAAAAUUUCAAGCUUAUUCGCUUCAGCCGAACGCUUGCGUGCUCAUUUCUUGCUCUCGCCGAGAUUUGCUCGUUCGGUGUGAGCAAACAGGUGGUAACUGGAAGAGAAAUGCUCUUUUCCUCGGCUUUAUCUCUCUUCCGCCUCGAAAAUUGGUUUUUCUCUAUAAGUUUCCAGCACAUCCCAGCCUAGAACGUUCUAGUUUCUAAUAUCAAAACGUCAAUCUCGCCGCUUCCUUUCAUCUUUUUUUGAUGUCGUGUGACACUUGAAAUUUUCAAUUUUUUCUCAAGCUUAUCAGUUGUGAAUACUGGUCAGACGGAAGUAUUAUUCUACCAAAAAAAAACGGGCAGGAAAUGGCCUUGAUGUUGUGGUUUUUCUCUAAAUUUUUCAAAUGUUCCCUCAAACUUCCGCUUCUUCUCGGAUUAAUCCCCUCAAAACACGUGCAAACAAAUUUUCACGGAAAAAAAAGACAAUGAAACCCACGUUGGGUCAAUUUUGGCAUUUGUGUCAACACACGCAAUAGAUGGAUUUCAUGCCACCACCACACUUUUUUUUGUUUUGUGGGCGAUAGAUGGAUGGCACACACACACACACACAAACAGUUUCACAUUCCUUUGUUGCAUACAUCAUAAUGGAUCGGAGCCCGCCCAUGUCCCCACGUGGCUCGAGUUUGCUCACCUGAAUCCGCGGGCGGCUCUCUUCGUGCCAGCUGUUGGGGUUCGAGCCAUUCGGAGCCGUGUUUCUUGAAGCGGAGCGAGCACUCGUUGUCGUAGGACCCAUCGGCGCUUUUCCAAAAAAUCCCAAGAAUCUAACUAGAAAUAGUCGAGUAAACGGAGAAGUUUGAAAAUUGUUGGCGUUCACAGAAUCUGUCAAAGAGCACCGUCUAAUUUUAUGCAAUGUUUUUUGAAAAUCUUUUUUGUAGUACACAAAGAGCCAGCCCAUUUUUGAAAACUUUAUCGACUUCCUAAAGAUUUUCGAGUGUUUUCGCGCUGGCUGACUGCCGAUCACCUCCGAAAGCAGUCAUUUCGCUCUACUCGUUCUUUGCUUCAAUUCGAGCGCCCAUGUGCUGACCAUGCACAUUUUCCGUUCGCUUUUGCGAGAAUUGGCGACAAUUGACGAUGGUUAUGCAAAUGUUUCCGAAUAUUUUUGCCUAAUUUUCUAUUUCGCACACGCAGGCGCACACACAAACGGGGAGAAACUGGUCUGAGCACAGUGCUCUUCGCUCCUCGGCGCCUAUUUCUCGGGCGUCUCUGCGACCUGAGCACUUUCUCGUCGAGACCGGCCGCCCGUGCCUAUCGAUGACGAUGAUGGCCGGAGAACAGAGAAAAAAAGAGGAGAAGGAGGAGGAGGAGGAGCUUGUGAAAUUGGGAAUUUAGAUUUUUUUCUCUACAGUAGGACGUUUUGAGGUUGUUCAGUGUUUUUUGCGCCAAAAAACACAAUUCAGCGAUAAAGGGAUUCAUGAUUCUCUGUUUCUUUCUCUCCGCCUGCCUACGCUUCUCUUUUCAAUUCAUUUCGUUAAUAUUUCAACGCUUUAUCACCAAUUUCGGAAUCGGCACGACCGCCGCCUCCGCCGUACGCUCGUUUUCUCGUUUCCUCCUCCUCCUCCUCCUCCUCACUGAUUUUUCGUCCUUUUGGCAACCUUUUUUGGUUCUUCCUACAGUACUCCUUCCCCAAACGUUGCUCCAAAACGCUCCAAAUGUCCGUUCUGGCUGGCGUCGGUCAGUCGGCGAUUCGCUUUCACUUUUCUAUGAGAAUUGACACCGACUGGUCCGAGCCGUCAAUUUCCUCUAUCUUUUUUCUCUCUCUCUCUCUCUCGCUCGACAAUUUCCCACUUUUGCCCCCACCAUUUUUCGUUGUCUACAGAACCCAUCCGCCAAGUAUGCCGCUCUCGACGGGUUCCAUCGAUUCCGGUUUUUUUGGCGGGUCUUCCAGCUCGACCGACGGUGAUUCGCUGAAAAAAGAGGAGACGACGCCGACGUCUUCUUCGUCGCCGCUCUCGAUGACCGACGAAGAGGGAGCGCGUGCGACGUCGCCGGGCGGCGGCGUCUUCCUGAAUUCUGGAUUCGCGCCCAGAAAACCACGAACACGUGUGCGACGAUCGAACCGAAAACUGAAACAACGAUUCGGGAACAAUAUCAACACCUUCUUCGCCUUCUCGUCAACUCCAACCACGUCUUCUUCCUCUUCUUGCUGUCUCUCCGUGGCCGGAAGUUCGAGAAGUUGCAGCUCGACCGACUCGGCGGCCAACUCGACAUUACUCAUCGACGAGCUCGUCGUCCGCCUCUAUUUCUACUUCAAAUCGCUUCUGUGCGCCGUCAAUCGACAGAAGCAGAUUUGCGAGAGCAUCGCCGUGCUCGUCAAGGACAUUGACGCGCGGUGGGGCAAUUCUGGAGUGCGGCGGAAGGCGUGCGAUCCGAAGGGAUGUCUGGCGCCGGUCUACGCGUCGCAACGUGGCGCCGCCGCGGAUCGGAAUAAUAAAUUGGUGCAACCCGCGCGAUUUCCGUUGUGUUGGGCGGUGCCGCAACCGGCAAUCUUCUAUCAGUUGAUGGCGAUCGACGUGCUCGAAUAUAUUCGAUUUUUGGAACGGUUAGACGAACUAGACGAUUUUUGUAGUGAAAAAUUUGGCGCAAAUUAAAAAGUUUGGGCAAAUUUUCGCAAAAUUGCUUUUUGCAGAGUGUCACCACAAGUGAAGACACAACAACAUCCACCGGGACCGCCGAUUAUCAACGAACGAGAGGUUUCUAUUCUGCUAAUUUCUAUUUUGGCUAAAAUAUUGAUAAUUCAAGGCCGCCGCUUCGAUCGAUACUCUUCACAAGUUGCAAGUUCAGCAAAUGCCGCAAAUGCAACAGCAGCAACAGCAGCAGCCACGUGGCAAUUUUGUGCAGUGUUUGUCGCAUUUUCUAUCGGAAAAUGCGGAAAUUUUGCGUGUUUUCAGUCGUCAACAUGCCGCAAGGAGUUUGGGAGCAGCAGCAGCAGGCGAACAGAGGGAUGAAAGGGCAACAGACGAUUCAGAAGUUGACGACGUCUUCUGGAGGAGGAGGAGGAGAGAUGUCCAUUGAGAAGGUGUGAAAAGAUAGAGUUUUGGCUGAACUUUUCAAGACAAUAGGUUUACCUAUUCUGGAGAUUUGUUGGUUUUAGACGGAAAAAGUCCGGUGUCUGAAUUCGACCAAAAUCUCCAGAAUAGUUAAUCCUAUAGCAAAACUGACAGAAUUGCAAAGUUCGAGUUUGAUCAAGCAGUUCUUCAUGCCCGAAAUUUGAAAUUUCUUCAGCUGCUCGCACCUGUGCGUGACUCGUCGGCAAACUCGCGAUGCAGCAGUCGUGCCGAGAUCGAGGCUACACAAAAGUACGUGAUGGACAAGUUGGACGACGAGGUGACCGCCGCCGAUUUGGACAAGACGCCCGUCUCCGCCUGCUCCUUCACCUCCUCGUCGAAACAGGAGCAGAGGAAGAAGCAGCAGCAGAACGGUUGGUUUGGAGCAAAAUGA